CCGGCAGGGACCCGCCUGCAGCGCCGCUCCCGCGGGGCCGGCACCGCGGCUCCUCCUCCGGGGCACCCGCCACCCCCGGGCUGCGCUCGGCGAGCACCGCGGGCUUGGCUGCGGCUCCCGCUGCCGCUCGGUGCUCUGCCGCGGAGCGGGGAAGGCCCGUGGGUCCGCCGGCGCUGGCGGAGUCCCGGUGCCACUGCGGGCCGGGGGUCCCGGUGCCGCUGAAGGCGGUGUCAUUAAAGGCCGUGUCCUGGUGCCCCGGUGCCAUUGAACGCCGUGUCCUGGUCCCGGUCCGAUCUCUGCGGGUCCCGGGUCCGCCCCCCGGCUGUGCAUGUGCGCCGAGCCCCGUCCGGAUUGGCUGCGCCGUGUCACGUGCCGUAUCACCUGACCCGCGCUCGCAGCAGCGAUUGGCGGAGCGGGAGGGCGGGGCCGGGCGGGGCCAGCGCAGCCCCGGGAGCGGCGGUGCCGCCAUGUCCCGCGGGCCGGGCCCGGCCGGGCCCCUCCGCUCCCCUCAGGGCCUCGACCUCGAUGCGGAGCGGGAGAAGAUCCGCCGCCAGAUCGAGCAGCUGGAGCGCAGCCUGCAGCCCGGCGGGACCGACAUCCAACUGGCCCUAUCCGACUCCAGCCUCAGCUCCGAUGGUGAUGAUGAAGAUGAUGAUGAUGAAGUUUCUUAUGCUGAAAUGGAAGUGGAAGUGGAUGGAGCAGAAGACAGCAGUGAUGAUGAUGAUGAUAUUGAAAGCUUGCCCCAGGAUCCAGAAACCUGCCUGCAGAUGAACCAUGUGUACCAGGACGUUAUCAAGGAAAAGAUUGAGGAGGUGGAGCUGCUCAUUGCACAAAACAGAGCACAGCAGAAAGAAAUCGUGGGUGAGCUGCAUGGUUCAAAAACAGCCAAGGCAGGAGAUGGCAGAAAUCUAGCAGCAAAUGUGUUUUUGGGUCAUUUUCUGAAGCCAUACUUUAAGGAUAAAAUAACAGGAAUUGGCCCUCCUUCCAAUGAAGAUGCCAAGGAAAAGGCAGCUCAGGGCAUAAAAUCCUUUGAACAGCUGCACUCAGCCAAGUGGAAAGCUGCAGAGAAGACCCUGCUGCAGAAAUCCGUGGUGAGCGACCGCCUGCAGCGCCUGCUCCAGCCAAAGCUGCUCAAGUUGAGUUACUGGAAUCAGAAACUGGAGAAAAUCACGACUGAAACAGAAAAACAACCCUUGGAAAAGCAAAUCAAAGACUUGGAGCAAGAAAUAGAGGCAAUUAACCAACUCCCAGAGAGUGACUUAAUAGGAAACAGAUUUGAUGAGCAUGACUGGGACAAAAUUUCAAACAUCCAUUUUGAUGGACAGCGUAGCUCAGAAGAACUGAGGUGGUUUUGGCAAAACUGGGAGCAUCCAAGCAUCAACAAAAAGGAAUGGACUGAGGAGGAGCUGGACAGGCUGAAGCAGAUAGCUGCUGAACACAACUGCCUGGACUGGCAGGCCAUUGCCCAGGAGCUGGGGACAAACAGGACACCUUUCCAGUGCUUGCAGAAGUACCAACUCUCUAACAAAGAUUUAAAAAGGAAAGAAUGGACCAAGGAUGAGGAUCAGAUGCUUUUAGAGCUUGUUCAAGAGAUGAGAGUGGGAAGCCAUAUCCCAUACAAGAAAAUUGCCUAUUACAUGGAAGGAAGAGAUUCUGCUCAGCUGAUUUACCGCUGGACAAAGAGUGUGGACCCCAGCUUGAAGAAAGGACCCUGGACACCAGAGGAAGAUGCUAUGCUGAUGGCUGCAGUUAAGAAGUACAAGGGGAAGAGCUGGUACAAAAUCCGGACGGAGGUGCCGGGCAGGAGCGACGCGCAGUGCCGGGACAGGUAUUUAAAAUCAUUGCACUGGGAUGUAAAGAAAGGAAGGUGGAGCUUGGAGGAAGAGGAGCAGCUGAUUGAACUGGUUCAAAAGCACGGCCUGGGUCGCUGGAGUAAAAUAGCUUCAGAGCUGCCCCAUCGGACUGGUGCCCAGUGCCUGAGCAAGUGGAAACUCAUGAUUGGCUCCAAGAAGAAAAGAUCUGAGGCAAGCAAACGGCGCCACGCUGAGGAGAGCUCCAGCCCUUCAGAGAGCAGCAGUGAGGAGGACAUGGAGCUGGAGCUGGCAGACAGCUCAGAGGAGGAGGUGGUGACCAGCAGCACAAGAAAGAAGUUUGCAGUCCCCAGCAUUGACCUGUGGAUACCAACAGGGACAGACACAGAGGAGGCAGCCAGAGAGAGAUGCCACAUCCAAUCCCUCCUCUCUGCUGCCGGGGCUGACGCAGGGAGCAGCUGCAGUGACCUUCCAAGGGCAGGGUGUGAUGGAGACAGAGCUGCUGAUAAAUCAUCUGAGCUGAACACCCUGCUGAUGGGCAUUGGAUGUCCCCACUCUACAGAUGUGCUGGUGAAGAAUCCAGCAGAAGUGAUGGCCAAGGCUUCUCAGAGUGGAAAAUACGUGCUGCGGGUUAGCCUGGAGGAUAUGAGAGCAAUAUUAAAUAAAAACAUGAGGUUCCAGAGGAAACUGAUGCUGAGACCUCUUACCAGCCUUUUAGCCAGGCCCCCUGGAGUGGCUGCAGCAUCUGGCCAGGAUGAUCAGAAGCUGCUGGAGUUCUCCAGUAGAGCUCAGCUCUGGAGCAGGGAGCACUGGAAGAGUCUGAACCUGGACAGGAAGCUGCUGCUGGCAAUGACCCCUUGGGUGGGCAAUGUGCUGCUGCCCCGCACCCUGCAGGCUGGCAGGAUGGCUUUCCAGCACACAAAAGCUGCUGCUAUUCAUGAGAAGGUUAAGUCAGUGAGUCUCAGCAGCACUCCCCUGUUUGUACUGCUCAUUCAGCUCCUCCAGAUUGAUACCAAAGGCUGUAUGAAGAUUAUCAAGGAGAGGAAGCUGAGGCAGUUGGAGCUGCUUAAGGCUAAUGCAAGGAGCCCUCAGCAGGCUUCCCAAAAUACAGAGACUUCUUCAGGCAGCUCAUCCCAAGCUUGUUCUCAGAGGAAUUCCCAACAGGGCAUGCCAAAGAGUGCUGUCAGGAAAACUGCCUUGAAAGGAGCACGGGCCAGAGCUGUGCAGGGGCAAAGGCAGAGGAUGAAAACUGUCUCAGAAUUGCUGCAGGAGAAGCGUUUGAGGCAGUCCCAGGCCAAGACAGCCAUGCAGAGGACAGUGGUGGUUGCCCCACGGGUGCUGGUUUCAGGGCCUUUGAUAAUCCAGCACCCAGCACAGCAAAUCAUUCCCUCUGCACAACCUGCAGCAGCUGCUGGGACAGAUAGCCAAGUACAGCGUUCACCAGUGCCCACAAGGACUUCUGCUGCAGGUUCUGCUUCUGCUCCUGUGCCUGAAAACCAUUCCUCAGCAGUGCCAGAAACUGGGGAGAGCCCUGCCUGCUCACAAGGGACAGAUCUACAGUCAAGUAAGGAGCUAAAAAAGGAAGUUCUGGAAAGCAGCCCUGAAGGAAGGGUUUCUCCAGGUGUGAGUCCAGCUGCAGCAGAGAAGGCCCCAGACCAGGGAGGGUGCAAUGGUCAGGUCACAGCCAGUAGCUCAGCUUCAGCAGUGUUGCAAAACCAGGCUUUUGUCCCUCAGCAGAUCAGAGUGGUGGCCCUUGGCCUGGACUCUGGCACCAAGAAAUUGUCCCUUCCCACACCAGUCAGCUGUGAGCUGAAGAGUAACAGGCCACAGCAGAGGCCAGUCAGACUGCAGCCUGCUCCUGUCACUCCACAGGCUGCUUCUCCCGUGAUUCCCAGCAGCAUCCUGCCCUUCAGGUGGGUUGUAACCCCCCAGGGUCUGCUCCCCAGCCCUAUGCAGACUGUGGUGGGUGUUCCCCAGGGAAUGCCAGCUGCUCCUGGGGGAAGCCAGGGUUGGACAGCUGUGACUUCCAAUGGCAAUGUCUCUGCUUUGGGAGGGACUCCUGUACCAGCUGAAGCAAAUCCACCUCACCCCAGCAGUGCAGAGACAAAAGGGCCAAGUUCCCAGCUGGCAGGAGUUCCUUUGGGAAAGGCAGCUGACCAGAGCACAAAUCUCUUACCUGUGACCCCAGUGAGUGCUGGAUGCACCACAUCCAGCAUUUCUGCUGUAACCCCUGCGUGUUCAGAUGGCUCCUCCACGGCUCCAGACUCCUGUGCAGCUCCAGCUGCCCCUCCAGCUGCCAGCCCUGCCCUGUGUGCCGUGGUGCUGCCCCAGGCACAGCCCCCUGCCAGCACUCAGGGCUCUGGCUCCCAGCCUGUGCCCAGUCUCAGCGUGGGAAGGAGCGGUGACUCCAUCACAACCAGCGGAUCAUCCUCCAAUCCAGGCAGCAUCAGGAGAGGGGUUGUGCUCCGGGAAAGAGCUGCAGCUCCUCACAGCAAUGUCCCAGGGAGCUCUGCUUGCUCUGGUGCCCAGGCACGGAGGAACAGACCCAUUGCCUCCAAACCACCAAGCACUGAUGUCCCCCCCCAGCCAAGCACUGACGUCCCCCCCCAGCCAAGCACCUCCCAUGAACAGAAGAAUCUCCUUGACUUCAGCCUGAUCUCCCUGGAGGACCAGGGGCUGGUGAAGGAGUGGCUGAGUGGGAAACAAGGAGUUCAGGUGCCAUCACUGCAGACCAGGCUGCCUUAUCUGCCACCUUUCCUCUGCAGCAUAAAAACCCUCUCAAAGCUCCUUCUGCAGAAAACAGCUCUGGAGGAGCAAGCAGCCUCUCUCCUGCCCUCCGAGGCCAGCGGGGACGGGGGCACUGGGGAUGUUUUCCAUGCUAUUGGAGAACUGGUGCAGCAGAAACUGGGGGAUAACCCUGCUUACCUCCUGCUGAAAGCCAGAUUCCUGGCAGCCUUCACAGUGCCAGCUGUCCUGGCAACUCUGCCUCCUCCCAGAGUGACAACAACUCUGUCAGCCAUCAGGCAGCAACUUGAGGAGAGUGAUGACGAGGAGUGGCAGAGUGAGAAAAAACUGUUUGAGGAAGAGAGCUGUGGGAAUGAAUUCACAGGAGUACAGGAGGACUGGAGACUUGGGGAUGAGCCUGGAGUCAAAGAUGCUGAUCUACUUAAUCAGGACAUGGGGGCUGAGGAGAGCCCUGCUCAGUCUGCCUCGGGCUCCUGCACUGAUGUGGCUGAUGCCAGAGCUCCCCAAAGCAGGAGAAGUGCCCGCUUCAAGAAGAGGAGGAGGACAUGAGAAGGAGAUGUGGGUCACUGGAAUGAGCACUGCCUUCCUGCAUGGCAGGAGGAGAUAAUCUUUGCACUGUUCACCUUUACCACUUCCAAUGCUGACUGGAUGGACCUGGGGAGGAGGAAAAUGCUGGAUUGAUUUUCCCAUCCCUCAACAAAAUCUGCAUCUCUAGGCAAGGUGAUUUCCUUUUCCUUGCCUAAGGUCAUUUCCUUGAAAAUGAAGGAAACUGGCUGGAGGGAAAUCUUUCAGGCACAGACUUCUGCUCUUUCAAACUCCCACUUGCCAUAGAUUCUGAGGGGGAAUUUUGCUGGAAAUGUGGGGAAGCAAGCAAUGGUGGUUAUUUAUUUCCUUCUUGUGUUGUUUAUGUGAAUGUUUAUCCAUGUUCAGAAUAUGUUAAUUGGGUGAUUUUUAGUGCUGUGACAGUGGCUUUGCUUGGUAACUGACUGAAUACUGUGGAAUAAGCAGCAGAAGAAUUUUGUAUCAAAAUUGCUCUUAAGUAUUUGUUGAAAUACAGAUGUUUUAUUUUUCUCACUUAAAAAUUA